AUCUACUGUAUUUAUAGUAAAACCUUCUGGCCUAUUGUGAAAACCCAAGGAUCAAAAAGAAGAAGAGUGCACAAAUCAGCUGUCCAAAAAAGUAAACAAGCGGUUUGGAAAGUGCAUUUUUCGUAAAAUAAACAAAAAUAUUUUCUUUUCUCACCCAUUACCAAUGUGAAGAAAUUAUUUAACAGUAAUAGCCACAUCCAUCAAAAUGGAUCGUUGUCCCGGCCAAUAUUGUGGUCGCAGCAUGUACGAUAAUGGAAGCUGGUCCGAUUGUGGAGCAUGUGAGCGUGGCUACCGGGUAAAUGAGUCCUUCAUUUGUGCACCAUGCCGUGAUGAAUUGAACACCUACUCUUGGCUGUAUUUAGGAUUUAUGGCAAUGUUGCCACUAAUGUUGCACUGCUUCUUUAUCGAUCUACAUGCGAAGGAUCGCAAAUUUUCACGCAAGCAAUUGAUACUUACCGCCUGCGCUUUUAUUGAGAUAUCACUUUCUGCUACGCUUUCCAUUUUGGUUAUGGAACCGAUGUGGGAAUUCCGCUUGCAUUCUUGUGGAGUGCGUAAUUUCACCGAUUGGUAUACGCUAUUUUACAACCCCAGUCCAAACUAUGAGACACGUUUGCAUUGUACACAAGAAGCAGUAUACCCGCU